CACGAAUUUAUUCAUCAAUUGAACAAGUAUUUUACAAAUUUUGUAUAGUGUGAAAAAUUGUGAGCUUUGCUCAAGUAUUAUUUUAAAACGACCUCUGUAGAGAAAACUUGGCCAAACCACAGCUCUCUUGUCAGUAGUUCUAUAUGUUCUACUCCCGUCCCGUCCCGUUCCAUCAGCGAUUAUGGGACGUAGUAGAAGCCCGUCUCCGAGACGACGCGACCGAUCCCGAGAACGUGAUCGAGAUCGUCGGAGAAGAAGAUCCAGAGAACGUCGACGAAGAUUUCUAUUUGCUUUUAUAGAUCCGUUGAUCGAGACAGAGUAAAAUCAAGAGACCGCGAUAGGGAUAUUGACAGACACAGAGAACAUGAUAGAGAGCGCGAUAGGCACAGAAGAUCUUACAGCAGAUCUAGAUCUCGAGACAGGGAAAGGCCUAUUAGACCCAAAAUCAAACACACAGAGAGACCAGCUGUAUCAGAGGCUGAUUUGCAAGGUAAAACUCCUGAAGAGCAACAGAUGAUGAGGAUCAUGGGAUUCUGUGGUUUUGAUACUACAAAAGGAAAGAAAGUUGAAGGAAAUGACGCAGGAGCUGUUCAUGUAAUUUUAAAACGAAAGUAUAGGCAGUACAUGAACAGAAAAGGUGGAUUUAACAGACCCCUUGACUUUGUAGCUUAAUAUUUUUAAUGAAACUUAUUUUAUUUGUAUUACUAAGGAAUAAUAUUCUAGUGUAAUGAAAAAAGUUUUUUUUAUUAAAGUGAUAUAAAUUAUUUGCUUUAUUAAAUAUUACUUCAAACAUAUGAACUUAAAAGUAAAUCGAUUUUUUUCAUUCAGUGUGUACAUGAUGUAUCUUUCUGUCUACAUUGUACUUCAUAAAUUUUAAAAAUAACAAUAAAAAUUAAACGUUUUGUACAUACAUAAUAACUGUGUUGUCCAACUAUUUCAACCAUAUUUUGUUGUAUGCGCCUAUAUACAUCACAAGAUAAGGCUGAUCCUCAUGUAUAUAUGCGACGCCCUUUUAUAUAUAUAUAUAUAUAUAUAUAUAUAUAUAAGUACUGCGCUUGACGUUUUGGCGGUAUACAUGGACGGUUUUACAGGUUAUUUGCAACUGUCAUUCAAAUUUUACUGACGUUUAAAUAUCGUGGAAUGAAUAAAUAAAUAAAUAGAACAAAAAUGUGUUAAUACUGCGUCUUUUAGCAAUUAUAAAUAUAAUUACAAAAUGCACAGAGUAUCAGCUGAAUUUCACAAAAAUGUACUCUUGCUUACGAAAUUCGUUGAGCCUAAUGAUGAAUUCAAAAAACAUUUCAAGGAGGGUAUGUUCGAUAAACCCAAUACUACAGGUUUCAUUCAAGUAUCUUUUUACCUGUUGAGUGUGCACUACAAAGAAAAUGUGAAAAAUAAAGUUCAUUGGCCAGUAAUUUGUAAACAAACAGAAAACAAAUUUCGUAAUGAUGUGAGGGAAUGUCUGAUGGCUAUCGCUAAUGAGAACUCUGAUCUGAAUUUUCCACCAAUAUUUGCUUCUCACUUGUUGCUUGCAAGAGGAUCCAAAUUUUUAUUGAUAAUGUGGAAAUUUUCUCUGGUUGUUCUUCGCACAUAUUUACAACAAGAAUAUAAUUCUCCUUUAACAACUGCACCAAAGGCUGGCCCAUGCGUGGAGUUGACUAAAUCAUUUUUGGAGAAAGUUGCAGCAGACCAUCAUGAGACCGUAUCUCACAUAAGCAAAGAAAGGGAAGAUGUAGAAGUUGCAGAAAAGAAUUAUCAAAAAAAAAAAUGUCAAGAACAAAAUGAAUUGAAAGCAAUAAUUUUGAAGUUAAAAGAAGAAGUGAAGCAAGUUAUCGUUGAUGCUCCUGUUAAUGAUCUAGCAAAGAAAAAAUUAUUAAACCCUGAAGAUAAUGAAAUAAUGAGCAUGUGGUCUGGUUACUUGAAUGACAAUAUAGCAAAUGUAUUGCAAAAUGAUUACCAAACUUUGAAAGAUAUAGACAAUCUCAUAAAUUAUAUCAGUAAUAUUGUGCUCAACUUAGCAGGCAAUUCAUUGACAUUGAAUUCAUCAAACUUUGAUAAAAUCAAUGCAGAUCCAAUUUAUAAAUUAAUACCACCAGAGAAGCAGGUACUUCUCUAUGAUUUGUAUCACAAGGAUAGUUUGAGUUUGCAAAAUUUAUUUUCUGUCUUCCAUUUAUUACUACAAAAGUAUGCCAUAAACGUAAAGAAGAGUGAAUUUUCAAAAUGUAAUGUACAGCUUCAAAUGAGCAACAAAGAUUUAAAAACAGCUGUUAAUCAUUUUCAAACGCUCCAUGAGGAAAUUGUCAAUUUUACUUCAAAUGAACUUAAAAAGGAUGACUCAAGUGCAUUACAAAAUUCUGUUUCAAACAUACCUGAGUUUGAUAAAGUUCUUUUUAUGCCCUCUCCAUCAAUUCAAAUAAACAGCUAUGAAGGAGAGCGUAACAAUUAUCAAACUUAUUUACAGUUAACUCCUGUAGAAGGUGCACAUAAACAACUGUUUUCAAGACAUGCAUUUAAUAAUGAAAAAAGUGCAUAUGCUUUGAAAAAGAAACCCAUGCCUGUGCAAAGAAUCAAUUUUGAUGAUUCUACACUGCAUGAAACAAGUAGUGAUAAAUUUUCCAUGACACAACAAAGGUUUAAUACACCAUCAAAACUUCAAAGAUCUAAUUUUAAAAAUGUAGACAAAUAUUCACGAAUAUUUUCAACACGCAAACCAAAUGAUAACAGAGUUAAUAGAAGUGUAAUGAUGAUGAUGUCAAGUACAGGAAACUCUAUGCUACCAUUGAUGUCGAAACAGCAUUGCAUUUCUUUGAUGGAUUCUUGCAACUCAAGUCAAGAAUUUUCACAAGGACCUCUUUUAAUGAACCCAAAUAUGAAUUCUACUAUUGAACCGGCGAAACUGGAAGAAAGUGAAAACGUGUCACAAAGAAGUAAUAAGAGGCGUUCAAUAGGUGAUUUAGUGGAGAGGUAUAAAAAACUUUUACAAAAACGUGAUACCAAUUCACAAGAAAGAAUAGAUCCUACAAGGGAGCCUCUAGGAGAAGAACCAGUUGCUUGACAUGAAUUCAAUAUAUUGCAAUAAAAUAUAAAGUAUUUUAUAAAUCUAGCUGUACAGUUAAAUAAAGUAAAAUGUAAUUUUAGAUUUUUUAUAAAAAAUAAUAAGAAAGAAACAAAAUUAGAAAAAAUCUUAAUUUAUUAAAAUAAAACUUAUAUACACAUAAUUAGAUUGUGGCAUGCAGAACAAAAUAUAA